AUGGAAUUCAAUAUGGUCCGGACUGGUAUACGGAGCCGCAAUGCUAUACAUUAUUAUGCUGAUCGCGACUACCCUCAUGGACAAGCUCUUGUCUUCCUCGACGGUGAUCAGAAAGGAGAGCCAGUACUAUCCAAUGCUUCAUCACUUCAGUAUCAGCAGCUACUCUGGAGCAAAGACAACCUUGGUCCUGGUGACCACCAAAUAGUUAUCAGUCAUGUAGGGAAAGACGGAGAAUAUAUUGGGCUUGAUUACUUUGUCAUCGAAUCGGACCACGGGUUCACACCCUCACUCGCCGGGCCAGCAGCUUCAAGCAUCCCAGCUGAAGCUGUGACGGUUGACGACAAUGACCUUACCCGUGUUUCUUAUUCUGUAGGUUGGGACCCUGCGGUUCAGCCCAAGACGUCCCAAUAUCAUGCAUUCCAUUACGGAAACACUAUGCAUCGGACUAGCCAGACUGGCGCAUACGCUUCGUUCAAAUUCAACGGUACAGCUGCCUGGUACUACACAGACUUGAGUCCUGGACACGGAAAGGUAAACGUGACAUUGGAUGGAGAACGAAGCUGGCUCGUGAGUGGUGAUGCCACAUUCAUAUCCGCUCAGCGAGUACUAUGGAACGUGUCGCAUUUACCGUAUGGUGAACACACUGUGGUUAUAACCCAUCAAGAUACAGCUGGCCUAUGGGCAACCCUUGAUUUCUUCCGGUACCUCCCAACUGAGCCUGCCUCACCUUCGCUGAAAACGAGUCUGCCAAUAGGUCUGAUUGUCGGAGGGGUUGUCGGAGGGGUUGUUAUCUUUGCCUUGUGCGGAGUAGGGUAUAUGUUUGCGCGGCGCCGUCACACCCCGGCGCGUCCACCUUACUUUGAACCAAAGAACUCCGAUGGACCUCCCUUGCUCAACCCCGGUCCUGGGUCUACCCAUCAAAUUCAUUCUCAACCAGCAUGGGGAUAUAUUUCUGAGCCUUACCGGCCAUCAACCCCAGUUAUUUUACCUGCAAAUCUCGGACCUAGGGCAUCAAAACAACCUAUUCAGGGUACUAAUGACCUUAUCAGAGCAUGUGGAUCUUCUAACAUGGCUAGUGGUAGCUGGAGAGCUAUGUCAAGCACGAGCGAAGGCAGUGAGGUUAAUACAAAUAAUAUGGAUAAUCCUCCUCCCUAUGUACAAUCUUAA